AUGGGAGGAGUACAAAGCAAGAAACUAUCAAAGAAGUUGGAGGUGAAUGAGGCAGAGAAGAUUACAUUGUUAUUCAAUGAUAUAUCAUCGGUGGUGAAGAAGGUGCGAAUUGUUGAUAAGGAUGGAUUCAAGAGAUUCCAUCUUAUACCAAGUCCACUGGGCGAUCGUCUAUUCUCACUGUUUGACACCAAGAAGACUGGCAUGAUCACUCUCGACGACUUUAUGCAAUCAAUGACUGUCUGUGGCAAGGCGCCAGACAAGGAGAAAGCAGCCCUCAUUUAUAGGUUCUUGGAUGUUGAUGAUGAUGAUAUUAUAACAAGGGAUGACUUGCAGGUGUUGAGCGUUAUCACUUUGGAGGAGCAGGUCGAUGUACCUUUGAGAGAAUCUACACAGUCCUUCUCAUCGUCAACAUCAAAGGUUGAGGAUCCAAUUGUACAGCAACUGAUUGAUAUGGGCUUUAGCAAACUUAAGGUGAACCAAGCGUUGAAGGCAACAGAGAAUGGCACAAAGGGCCAGGGCUCGCAGGUAGAGGUGAUAACUUCUUGGAUACUACAGAAUCAGACCAAGGAGGAUGAGAUUGACAUUGAUGUGGAGCCGGCCAGCGCGCAGCCACAGCUGGCAACCGAGUCGCCAAAGAAUGGCAAGCCCGAUCCGCGCACCAUGGACACACUGACAGCGCGACUUGCUGUCACAUCGAUCAUCAGCACAUUCGAAACUCUCUACGACAUCAUUGACAAGGAGAAGACGGGCAAGAUCACAAUGAAGCAAUUCAAAAAGUGGACACAAGCCACCAAAAGACCUCACGAGAUGGAUGCAAUCCUUAAGCCCAUGACUGGUCUAUUCUUUAGAGCCUUGACAUACUCAAUGGACUCUUUCAGGUUGAAGGAUGAGAAGUCACACUCGUUCGAGAGGACGGAUACAUCGCCAGAGGUCAACCCAAAGGAGGUGAAGAGGAUGUCGUCUUUGGCAUCGAUCGAAACGCUCACAGGCAAAUUGAUGGCUAGAAAGGAUGACAAGAAGGAGUCGUCGUCUAAAUCAAAGAAGGAUAAGAAGGAGGAUGCCAAACAUCAUCAACAAGUGCAACAACAACAAAAUGCUGCCGCGGCAGACACUCAAGCGAAACGGGAAGAUACACUUGCUCCCAUGGACACAUCCUCUGGCAAACACUCCCAUGUUGCCUCUUCGGCAGGCUCACUCGACUCAUCAUUCGAUCACUUUACCGACAGUGAUGAGGAUCACUCGGUGAAACCAGCGAUACAGGUAGUGAUACGCGAGAAGCCGAUUGAGCCAACGAUGGUGAGGGAACCAUCUUUGCUCAACUUUGAUUCGACGCCUGGUAUUGUUAGGCCACAUGAGAAGAGUAUGACAAUACGAUCCAGGGGUACCAGACCAUCAUCCAAGCCAAUCCAAGAUUCAGUGGGCGACAUCUUCUUUGCAUCACCUGUACAAACUACUCUCACUCCAUCCUCCUCAUCGACAUCGAUCUAUACAUCACCUGGCCCCAAUCAGACCAGUCAAGAUCCCACUGCCAUCACAUCGCCACUGUCCCCAUCCAAAGCCAACCAGCCACCUGGACUGGAUGCCAUGCGACAAUGUAUACAAUAUUUAGAACAAGGACAAUUCAAGCAAUCCAAGGUCUACCUCGAUCAGUGUAUCCAACAAAUGGUCAAGUCAUCAUCAUCGAAUACACAGGCCAUUCAAAAGGAUAUAGUAUUCUGCAUGGGAUAUAGAGUGGCGCUGGGCAUUUUGGAUAAGAUAGCCACACUGGAACGUCAACUCACGAUGAAUAGUGUGGACUCUAUCAAGAAAAUAACCGACUACAUAUGUUUGUUGUCUCGCUUCCUGGUCGGAAUACCACUGCAACAACAGCAUAGGAUGGUAUGCGCGAGGAUGGCCAUUCGCUACAACUUUGACUCGCGCAACUAUGGCGUGGCAGCCAAGCUGCUCGAGGUGGUGCGCGGCCAGCAACAACAGCAACUGUUGGCGACAGAGGAGCGCGCCAAGUAUGAGCGACAGUUGGCCACAUGUAAGCAGCAGCAGUGUCGCAAUGAAUCGUUACCAAUGUAUAUAUGUCCGCAAUGUAAAUCAACCAAUUCUCUCAACGAUUCCCAGCUGACGGGCUGUCCAUGCGGCCGUCCCGUGCGCCUCUGCUCCAGCACCCAGGAGGUCAUCAAGGACCUCAGCUACCUCAAGUGCCACUUCUGCAACACGACACACAGCAUCAACCAAACCGAGGUCAUCCCCAGCAGUGAAUGUCACGUCUGCUCCGCUGGACGUAUCGAUGUCCACUCCUAG